CAGGUUCUGUUUUGAUGAAUGUUCUCGCCUUUUUCUUCUUCUCCCCCCCUCCCCCUCGUGGUUCCUUGUCUUUCAGUGGUAGUGGAGGAGGAGGAGAAAGAGGAGGAGGAGGAGGAGGAAGGCUGCUGUGCUGCUGUAGAAGACAUGGAGGAGUUGAGCGCUGUAGGAGAGCAGGUUUUCGAUGCCGAGUGUAUUCUCGCUAAAAGACUGCGGAAGGGAAAGUUGGAGUAUCUGGUGAAGUGGAGAGGUUGGUCGUCCAAGCACAAUAGCUGGGAACCUCAGGAGAACCUGCUGGACCCGAGACUGCUGGCUGCUUUUAAUAAGAGGGAGCAAGAAAGAGAGCUGCUGAUUCGAAAGCGAGGGAAACGACCACGUGGAAGACCUCGGAAAGUCAUGGAGCCAGUCCAGUCAGCGUCAAAAUCGAGCAGCUCCUCAUCAUCAUCAUCUUCCUCUGAUUCCUCGUCAUCUUCAUCCUCCUCGUCUUCUUCAUCCGAGGACGAUGACGACGACGAUGACCAGGAUGACGGCGACACAAAGGCAAAGCCCACCCAUCGAGCACGGGAGCUGCACCCCGUCCCUCAGAAGAAGGCUCAGAUCGUGUUGGCCAAACCGGACCCUCCAAAGAAGCGAGGAAGGAAGCCUCUUGCUCCAGAACUGAGAGCCUUGAAGCUGAAUCAGGCCAAAAGUGCACGCAAAAUCUUGAAGCCACCCCUAAAGGACACUCUCACAGACCAACGUGGCAGCAUUAAGAAACCACUGAUGCCUGCCAGUUUCACUUACUCAGGCCUGAACCGAGUAGCCAACAGGGAGACAAUGGCCAUGCAAAACCGAGGAUCUUUUGCUGCCAGUGAAUCUCCAAAGAACACCCUGGGAUCCACCCAGUCUCAGGGAAAACCUGUGGCGGAUUUUAAGCUUUCUGUCUCAGACAUGGGUAAUGGGGGAGGCCUGGAUUUGAAAAACUCCUCCUCUAAGUCUCCUGGAGUGGCUUCUCUCAGUUUGCACAAUUCAAAGCUUCCCAGCAAUAUCAAUGGACAGGCAACGGGCGGAGUUCCAAACUGGACAAAAAAGCAAGAAACUCCAGCUCUACAGCGACCCGUGAACACAAAACCUUCGCCAUCUCCUCUCUCCUCAGUGAAAAGUCCCAGUACUCAGGUCUCAAACUUGUCUAGCGUCAACAAAACACUUGGUGUCAGCGCCUCUCCGAAAGAUGUUAGCCACAAUAGGGGUUCUGGGGGAGCGGUGAAAAGGGGUUCAGUACACGACAAAAGUGCUUCGGCAGAAGGUGGGAUUUUGGGUCGACCACGAUCCCGUGAUAUGAGCACACCAUCGGGCGUAGAAAAGGUAAAAAUGGAGGAUCCGUUGGAGAGAUUGGGGAAAGGAACCCAAGGAAGGCAGCGGAAAGUUCCGACAUUUGCUGGCUCAAAAGAUGGAAGCAAAACGACAAAACCGCUAAGCGAGAUGAGCACAGGCGAGGAAGGAAGCAGCUCGGAAUCCGAGCAGGAGUCAACAUUCACUGGGGAAAGGCAGGAGGUUUCACUGGAAGUGCAGUCCGAUUGCAAAGACUGGAGGCCAACACGAAGCCUCAUUGAACAUGUUUUCGUUACCGAUGUCACUGCUAAUCUCGUCACCGUAACUGUGAAAGAGUCUCCCACUAGCGUUGGUUUCUUUAGCAUCCGGAAUUACUGAGUGAGUUUGAGAACAAGUUCUUCUGUAUCUAUUGAUAUCGGGUAUCAUAGCAAAGUGUCGUAGAUUACAGUUUCUUGUUAUAGCCGUCAAGUCCAUUCUAGUAGAUUCUUCUUGUGAGAGAAGGAAGGAAAUACCUGGGACAUGUGAAGGAUUUGAAGGACUGAAGGAAGUAAUUCUGUGAAACCAUUUGGUGCUUCAAAAACUACUCUCUUUUCAAUAAUUGAGUUUUUUUUUCCCCCCACUAGAAGUUGAUCUCAGAUUCAGGUGCUUAACCGAAUGGUGCUUUUGUUUAAAUAUUUUUAUUUUAUUUUUUUUCCAUUGAACAUCCACAGUGUCUUAUAGUAAGACUGGAAAUUUUGGAAACUUCUGGAAGCCUAGAUGAUGAGAACAAAACCUGAGAUGUGCCGUUUACACAAGGACGUGAAGCAUGCAAUGCAUGGAGGUUAAGAAACAUUGUACCGAAUUUAUUUAGCAUUUAAUUAAUUUUAAAUCUGGAAAUUUUGUUGAAUUUUUUUUUUUUUGUUUACUAAAGUCACUGGUUCUCAAAGUGAAGUCUUGGAGCUUUAUAGCAUAGCCAUGGGGUUCCUUUAAAACAAAUUGUGAUAGUGCAGGAAUUCAUUAUUGGUUCUUAUUUAAGUUCUAAUGGGCAUCUUAUUGUUGUUAGUUCUUUCGGCUGCAAACUUUCCAUCAAACUCGUUUAAAGGUUCAUAAAUAAAAGUCCCAAUGAAUAUUCAGAAUAUUGCUCUAGAUACAGUAUAUGGACAAAUGUUUGUAGACAAAUACACAAGAUUGUUAGUCCCAAAAUGUUGUCCCGAUUUGCUGUUAUAAGAACCUCCACUUUUCUAGAAAGAGGUUCCACUUGAUGGGUGUUGGUUAAGUCAAGAACUGAUAUAGUUGUGGUGAGGAGGCCUGGCGUGCAUUCAUUCAUCCUUAAGCUGUUCAGUAGGGUUGAGGUCAGAGUUCUAUAGCAGGUCAUUUAAGAUCUUCCAUUCCACCCAUAGCUUCAUGGAGUUGGCAUUGUGCAUUCAGGCAUUGUCAUGCUGGAACUGGUUUGGCUCUCCAAAGUUCAAGUGAAUGGAAAAUGUAAGGCUAGAGCAUUUAUAUGCAAGUUUGUAUCUCUAACUUUGUGGUAACAGAUUUUGGAGAAAAAGAUUCUCAUAUCUGUCAUAUUGUUUAUUUGACAAUUAAAGCAGACUUUUGCUCCAAAUUGUUUGAGAACCUCUGAAGCAACAUCAAAAUUCAACACUCAUACUGUACAUUUUCUCCUGCGGGAAAAGGGGACAAAAGUGGUUUUUGUUUGUUUGUUUUUUUUAAUGAAAGAAAUCGUGACCUACAGUUUUAAAACAGUGUUUAAGCGUCAAAAUGGGAAAAGAAAAUCAUCCAAAUAAUUUUUUUGUUGUUUGGUUUUAUCUGAAAUGUUCUGGUCUUUUUUUUUUUUUUUUUUUUUUUUUCUGGCCAAGUUUAGAGAUGUGAACUUUUUGCCUUGUUAUAUAUAAUCAGAAGCGUAGAACACGUGGCCUUCUUUCUGAUAGAACACAAUAUUUCCAUCUUUAUUUAUUAUUUCUUACUGUCUAUUUUUUUUUAGAUGAUAUGCAAAAAAGAUUGUUUUGUAAAAAAAAAUGCUGGCGGCUCAUUUCAAAUCAAACCUUUUGAAUUAAACUUGGGUGUGAGCUUAAAUGUGGAGAUUUCAAA